AUGGCGGAGGCUCCGGCCGGGGGCAGCGCGUCGCCGAGGCCCCUGCCCAUCGGGCUCAUGGCCGGGACGGAGGCCGAGGGAGCGGAGGCCGGGCUCCCCAUGGGCGGCGCGGGCGGGGAGGCCAUCGGGGCCCCUGUACCCGUACCGCAAAAAUUAUUUGUCCGCCGCAAAUGCUCCGCCGCCGCGCUGCCCCUACUGCCACGCACCCAUGCUCCAGCACCGUCCCCCUGCUUUCCCCGCCCACAGCGCGCCGCUUCCCCGCUCGCCACCAAGUCCCUCGUCCUGUCCCAUAUCGCGACGGGCCACAUGGACGAGGCUGAGGAUGCUUUCACGGGCGUCAGGAGCCCCGAUAUAUUGCUCCACAACAUCAUGGUCCCGACGCGAGCCUCGCUUGCAGCCUACCGCGCCAUGCUUGUCGCCGGCGUGCUGCCUACCUUGCCCAUCGUCGUCAAGGGCUGCGGGCGCCUCGGCACUCUCGAAGAGGGUCGCGCGGCGCAUGAGGCCGUGAGCAAGCUCAGCCUGGGCACCGACGUGUACCCGAGCAACUCGCUCAUCUCCUUCUACGUCAAGCUCGGCCUCGUCGGGGUCGCCGAGAGGGUGUUCGGCGGAAUACCGGCGCGGGACGUCAUCGCUUGGAACACGCUGAUGGAUUGGUGCGUGUCCAACGGGAUGGGGACGGUAGCACUGGCCUGCUUCCAGGAGAGAAGAAAGACGCACUGCAAGUGCGGCAUGACAGUGUUGGGAUAA